AUCGUAUUAUUCUAUUACCUCAUCUCCCCUUCUGCGGUCGACUUCGAUCUCGAAAUCUAGGGUUAGGGUUACGAUCACGAGCUGGGUAGAAUUUGGGCGUUUUACCCGAUCAUCGGCUUCAAAUUUUCUUCGGUUAAGACUGUUAUAGGUGUUCGAUUUAGUCUCCGACCGCACAUCGUGCUUGCCGUGAACGAUUUUAGGGUUUUCUUGAUUCGUCGCCGGGGAAUCGAUGAACGACCCAUCGCAGGCGUUGAACCGAAGCUACGGGAUCUGGCCUCCCCCGCAUCCCCCGUCCGAGGAUCCGAUGGGGUUCGCGAACCCCGUCAGGCUUCCUCCGCCCUUCGCCGCACCUGGGGGAAUCAUGCACAGCCGAAUGAACUGGAAUGCCAAGAAAGACGCCGACAAACGCAAGAUGGCGACGGGCGGCGCCGUUGCAGGAGUGGCUCCUAUGGGUGGUGGAUUGGCCCCACUCUGCGGCGGAGGCGUCUCCGGCUAUAAACCUCCGAGCCUCAACGAGCUCCAGUUCCAGAACCGAGUCAAGGCCCGCAGGUUCUGCCAAAAGAAGAAAUUUCCACGCUUCGCCCCCUUCGCCCCCCGCAACACGACCUCCUUCAUUAUCCGCGCCAAGAAGUUCGGCGGGAUCGCGUCGCAGGUAUCGCCGUACCCCGUCACACCCGCGGUCCUCCCGACACCCAAGUUUUCUCCGACUCGCGAGGUCCUGACCGACAUGGUCAAGGAGGAAUGGGGCGUCGACGGCUACGGCUCCAUGAAGGGGCGGAUCCGCCUCCGAUCGCCGAGGGGCGGCUACGAGAUCCGUCCGGGCGGCAGCGGGGAGGACGACAUGGAGGACGAUGAAGGGUCGAGCGAGAGCGACGUGGAGGAGCACCUGGAAGUGGAACGGCGGCUGGACCACGACGUCAGCCGGUUCGAGAUGGUGUAUCCACGGGACCAGCACGUCCUGCAGUCGGAAGCGGACCUGCUGGAGAGCAGGGUGGAUGACCAGGACGCGCGCAUCGCGAGGCUGGAGGAGGAGAACCUGACGCUAAAGGAGAGACUUUUCCUGGUGGAGAGGGAGAUGGGCGAACUGAGGCGGCGUCUGCACUUGCUCCAGCCUCACGGCGGCCUCCUCGAGAGGGAGAUGAGCAGUAACAACAACGACAAUGCCAACAACCACAACAAGAACAACAACAGCGACAGUAGCAACAACGACGUCAUCGAGGAGUGCUCCGCCGGGAGCAGUGGCAAUCCCACACUGGACUGCGGUGAGAGGAGCAAGAAGGUAUAGUUUCUGCCACGCCUGUGUAUAGUCUUCGUGCUAAAUGCUAUAGUAGGAUCGAGAUGUUGUAGUAGAAUCGCAUCAUAUCAACCCGUGUAACUGCAAUCGAAAAUGGUUCUGAUUGAAGACUCGUGGUCUUAUCUUGUUGUUUCUGAUGUAGAUUUUCGCUACUUAAUUC